UCCGAGCCACUCAGAGCGCGAGGAGCUGGAAGAAGGAUGCGCGUGGAGAGACAUCAUGAAAGAGCUGCCGGGGACUGAGACCACCUUCAUCCUGAACGAGACGAUCCCGUGCGAGCCGUCGUUUGAAGAUGGCCGCCUGCCGCUGGUGCUGCUGUACAGCCUCGUGCUGGUCGUGGGACUUCCUGCCAACAUGCUGACCCUGUACCUGACCUUUCUGCAGGUGAAGAGGAAGAACGUUCUGGGCGUUUACCUGUUGAGCCUGUCCGCGUGUGACCUCAUGUACCUGUUCACGCUUCCUGUGUGGGCGCUGUAUGUGAACGCGGGUCACGUGUGGCCGCUGAACUCGGCGCUAUGUAAGCUAACGGGCUACAUAUUCUUCAACAACAUGUACAUCAGCAUCUUCCUCCUCUGUUGCAUCUCCUGCGACCGCUACGUCGCCGUCGUCUACAGCAUCGAGUCCCGGGGUCUCCGCCAGCAGCGCCUCGCCUUCUCCAUCUGCCUCGCCAUUGUGCUGGUGGUUGCCCUCGGUCACAUCCCGGUCUUUACCAUGAGGGAGGGGAACGCCACAGAGGGGGACCGCCGCUGCUUCGAGCCGAGUCAGAGCAGCGCCCAAGUGGCCGGCUUCAACUACGCCCGCUUCAUCAUCGGCUUCCUGCUGCCGCUGCUGGUGCUGGUGGUG